AUGGCUCAGAUAGUUGCUUAGAAAACAGGCGUUGAGAUACCCUUCGAUCUUAAUAAGAUCUUUUCUCUCACAUACGAAUUCCAACCUUUGAAAGAGGUCCUUGAGCAUAUCUAUGGAUAGCUUAAGAAGAAUUCAGAUGACACACAUAAAGUAGAUACCAAAUUAGUCUCAAAAAUGCUACUGUUAGACAAGUAAAGUUAAAGAGAGUAAAAUUCUUAUAGAUUGAAAAAUGAAAAUGAAGACUUCAAGAAGGAUUUUAUAACAAUCAAAAAUGUGAAUAAAGAGCUAGAAUAAAAGAGUUGCGCUCAUGAUGCAGAUUUAUCAAGCUUGAAAUCUGAUUCUGAAACUUGCAAGAUGAACAUUUCAUUAAUCAAUCGUUAGAUAGGUUCUCUUCCAGGUAGAAUGACAGAUGGUAAUAAUAAAUAUAUAUUUAAAUUGUUUUUAGCCGAGGAUAGAUUGGAUGAACUAAGCAAAAGAAUAGAAUAAAUGACUGGUGGAGUAGAUUCAUCAGUAAUGAACGAUUAUUUGAAAAGGCUCGAGAAGGUCGAAGAUCAAUCAGGUAAAAAUAAUAAAAUAAUCACAGAAUGGCAUCCUCACUGGAUUUAAAUGCUUAAGGAUAUUGAAGAUCUAAAGAAAAACAUGGUCACUACUGAUAUUUUUGAUGCAGAAUUGGAAAACUUGAGAAACCUAAUCAAUCAAUUAGCUGGAAAAGAUAUUCAAGUUCCAACCUCAUCUGGUGCUAGCAUCAGUAACAAAGAAUUAGCUGAUAUUAAGGAAGCAAUAAAGAAAGUAUGGGAACAUGAAGAGAAGCUUAAGGGCAUUGAUCUUCACAGUCUUAUGAGGAAAAUUGAGAAAAUCUAAGAUGAACUCAAAUAAAAAGCUGAUAAAUCAGAUAUUUUGAGAUUAGAUUACGAUAAGGCAGAUAAAAUAUAUGUCGAUGGAGAAUUCAAGAAGAUUUACAAGGACUUAGAAAUGCUAAAGGAUUGGUGUGCUAAACUUGAAGAAUAUAUGGCUAAUACUGGUAAAGGAAGUUCCACUGUUACUGAUGCUCAAUUCGCAAUGCUUGUUAAAAGAGUUGAUAGACUCGAGGAAAGACUUAUGACUUUGUAAAAGUAGCAAACAAUGCAAAGUUCAGCUGGUUUUGCUGAAACAAGAGAGUCAAUUGGAGAUGAAAAUGUUUUCAGAGAUCUGAAUUCUAGAUUGAAUGCAAUGCAAGCUGAAAUCGAUCAUUUAAAGAACGAGUUUGCAAAGUGGGUCAAAGAAUUUCAAGAUAGUCUUAACGGCAAAGCUGACCUCGAAGCAUUAGCUAAUCUUGAGAGAAUCUUACAAGAUAGAAUAUCUGAAGUUGUUAAAGGACUAACUAAGUAGCUAGCAGAUAAAAACGAUACAAAGAAAGCACUAAAACUAUUAGAGAGACAACUCAAGAAUCUCUAUGAUCUAUUUAUGUCAAGAGGUGGUCAUAAUGAUAACGAAGAUGACGCUAUGUUUACCAAAAAGCCACUUGGCGGUAUGUCAUGCGCUUCCUGCGAGAAAGAUAUCAUUAAUCUUCAAGGAAGAAAGGCCGAUUAUCUUCCAUGGGGUAAAUUCCCUUUCAGAGACCCAUCAGAGAGAAUAGCCAGAGUUGGCCAAGGUUUCUCUAAGAUGCUAUCGAUGAUCAAUCCUGAUACCUUAUCAAGAUUUGAUAACAAUGGCCGCUUCAACAGCAUUCAUGCUGGUCAUCAUGCUUAAAAUCACUUAAGCUAAAAAGGUUCACAAGAGAACUUUUACAACAAUCACCACGAAGAGAUGGAUGAUCAUGUCCCAGCAAGUACUUUCCCUCAACCUAAACCAGGAACAGCUGGCAAGACAAUGAACAACUUCUAUCAUGCCUAAUAAAUGCAAGAUAUGAAUAAAAGACCAGGAUCUGCUCAAGUAGUCCCUAAACCUAGAGUCAAAAACAAUUUCAACAAAAGCGGUGCUAAAAAGUGA